UAGUACAAACAAGAGUACCAUAUAUUAAUUCUGCGCACAGUUUACCGACAUCAUCAAAAAGUUAUAUUGUUCCACUGUUCUCGUUCUGUACUUGAUCACCAUCAUAAUUAUAUACACACCCUAAUUUCUGGUCUAAACCAACCACAGAACCAUUGUUAGCCCCUGUACUAUCCAUUGUCACCAAGUGUCUAUUUGCUAGAGCUUUUAGUGAUAUUUUAUCUAUUGAUAAGAACACUGAGGCAUGGAUUCCACAUCAGUUCCCAUACUCAUGGAUGGACUUAUUGCUUGUGUAGCCCAGUUAAUAAGAAUAGCUAAUGAGCUUUUACAAUUCAUUAUACAACAACAAGAAGUUCCUUAUGUAGAAGAAAAUGGUAGCGCAGAAGAGAUAGAAGCAGAUGCACCUCCUCCUGAGGAGGCUUCAGCACCAGAUCUCCCUAAUCUCUCAGACUUAGACUCAAUACUUACACCAACAGAGGAUGAAUGCCUAAUGUUUGAUGUAGAUCAGGCUAUGUUAGAAAUAGAUAGCUUAUAUGAAGAUGCAGUCUCUGGUAUAAAUGAUGACUUAAUAAGUGACUAAGAUCCAAUUUUCCCCCACCGGCAUGUGAAAACUGAUCAUUCCUCUGUUUCAAUAUAUUCUAUAUUCUUAUUUUCUGUAUAUUAACAAUAUGUAUUUUCUCAUAA